GAAGCAGAAUACGGGGCGUGGCCCGGCUACUAGAUUCUCAUUCCCGCAGCUGCUACGGGAGGGUGCCGGGCCGAGCCCGGGGCGGAGCUGAGCCCCGAGGGCACGGACAGCUCUGGACCCAGGGCCGGAGUGGCAGGGGGAGGCAUUAGAGAAGAAAACAACCUGCCUGUAACAACCAGCAAGUCCCUUCAAGAAGCAGUUUAAAUGGAUGAUGGCGGGCAAAGUGAAAUGGGUGACAGACAUUGAGAAGUCAGUGCUCAUCAAUAACUUUGAGAAAAGAGGCUGGGUCCAAGUGACAGAGAAUGAAGACUGGAAUUUUUAUUGGAUGAGCGUGCAGACGAUCCGAAAUGUGUUCAGUCUCGAAGCCGGUUACCGCCUCUCCGAUGAUCAGAUCGUCAACCAUUUCCCCAAUCAUUACGAGCUGACCAGGAAGGACUUAAUGGUGAAGAACAUUAAAAGAUACAGGAAGGAGCUGGAGAAAGAAGGCAGCCCCCUGGCAGAGAAGGACGAGAACGGGAAAUACAUCUAUUUGGACUUUGUGCCAGUCACCUUCAUGCUCCCCGCUGACUACAAUCUGUUUGUGGAGGAAUUCCGGAAAAGCCCCUCUAGCACCUGGAUUAUGAAGCCUUGUGGGAAGGCCCAGGGGAAAGGGAUAUUUCUCAUCAAUAAACUCUCACAGAUUAAAAAGUGGUCUCGAGACAGCAAAACGUCAUCAUUCGUGUCUCAGUCGUCCAAAGAAGCCUACGUCAUCUCUCUGUAUAUCAGCAACCCGCUGCUCAUCGGCGGGAGGAAGUUUGACCUGCGAUUGUAUGUGUUAGUGUCUACCUAUCGGCCCCUGAGGUGUUACAUGUAUAAGCUGGGCUUUUGUCGAUUCUGCACCGUGAAGUACACCCCGAGCACCAGUGAAUUGGACAAUAUGUUUGUGCACCUCACCAACGUUGCCAUCCAGAAGCACGGGGAUGACUACAACCACAUCCACGGGGGCAAGUGGACAGUGAACAAUUUGCGGUUAUAUCUGGAGAGCACACGCGGAAAGGAGGUGACAGGCAAGCUGUUUGAUGAAAUCCACUGGAUAAUCGUGCAAUCCCUGAAAGCCGUGGCCCCUGUGAUGAACAAUGACAAACACUGCUUUGAAUGUUAUGGCUAUGACAUCAUCAUUGAUGAUAAACUGAAACCGUGGCUGAUUGAGGUUAACGCGUCCCCAUCUCUUACCUCCAGCACGGCCAACGACCGAAUCCUCAAGUAUAAUCUGAUCAAUGACACCCUCAACAUCGCUGUACCCAACGGCGAGAUUCCAGAUUGCAAGUGGAAUAAGUCACCCCCCAAGGAAGUGCUGGGCAAUUACGAGAUUCUGUACGACGAAGAAUUAGCUCAGAAUGACGGAGCUGAGCGAGACCUGAGAAAUCGUUCUGGGCCGUCCAUUGGGCUUAAAGGCAGCCGAAGCAGAGACUCGGGAAAGACUGCCCUGACCACAUGGAAAUAGCCCUCCAUGAAUGCCAGAGCGCUCGGUCAGAGCACUGUGGCCUGGGGAAGCCAGGCUUCUCCCAGAGACGACCUUGGACUUGCCCAUCUUCCUCUGACUGCCUCCCUCCCUCUGUCAGAGGUAUCUGGGAGAAAUGUGUUCUGCUGGAAGGUAUGGAUGGACGCUUUUCGCUGUGUUUCCAUUGCUGCUGUAUAUAAUUAGUUCUUCCAACAGAAAUCUAUCGUCCUUUGCAUGUCAGCGAACCUAAUAAAUGUCAUUGGUGUUUUUAAAGUUCAGUGAGAUUAAUUAAAACACAGCAACGACAACA